AGCUUUAUUUUGGUUUAUUAAAGUGAUGAGGUAGAUAACAGUUCGCUGCUCUUAUCCCGUUUGUCAAACAUUGCCAUCGUGGAAAUGGACCAGGAGUUUGAAGACAUAGAUUCCGACGGCCGGUGGCAGAAACUAUAUCUAGAGAUUAGAAAUCAAUCUCACGAGUGCCCCUACAAAGUGGCAAAGUAUCCAGAGAACCGCAUCCGCAACAGAUACAGAGAUGUCAAUCCAUUUGACCACAGCCGAGUGAAGCUGGAGAGCACAGAGAAUGACUACAUUAAUGCAAGUCUGGUAGUGAUGGAUGAAGCUGAAAGAAGUUAUAUUCUGACGCAGGGACCUCUCAGAAAUACUUGUGGUCAUUUCUGGCUGAUGAUCUGGGAGCAGAAAACCAAAGCAGUCAUAAUGCUCAACAGAGUCAUAGAGAAAGGCUCGGAAAAGUGUGCACAGUACUGGCCUUCAGAUGAAGAGAGGGAAAUGGCAUUCAGGGAUACGCGGUUCUUGGUCACUUUGUUGUCAGAAGAACCCAAAUCGUAUUACACAACUAGAGUUUUGGAGCUUCAAAAUAUUGCGACUGGAGAGAAGCGAGAGAUCUACCAUUUCCAUUACACCACAUGGCCUGAUUUUGGGGUCCCAGAUUCACCUGCGUCUUUCCUGAACUUUCUGUUUAAAGUUCGGGAGUCAGGGGCACUGGGGGUGGAACAUGGUCCAGCUGUGGUGCACUGUAGUGCUGGGAUUGGACGCUCAGGGACUUUCUCCUUAGUGGACACCUGUCUUGUCCUGAUGGAUAAAAGGAAAGACCCUUUAUCAGUGGACAUUAAAAGCAUCCUUUUGGACAUGAGGAAAUAUCGCAUGGGCCUAAUACAGACUCCAGACCAGCUGCGUUUCUCAUAUAUGGCCAUUUUGGAAGGAGCCAAGUUCAUCAUGGGUGAUUCCUCUGUGCCGAUUCGGUGGCGAGAACAGUCUCGGGAGGACCAGGAACCAAAGACGGACUCCUCUUCGUCAGCUCAGGCGCGGUGUCCCACAGAGAGGAUCAACGGAGGCUCAGACUACAGACAGGAUGGGAAGACCGCCUCUCCCUCACCACGCAAAGACAUGGAGGCGGAUGGCAGCACAACAAACAAACGACGCAGAGAAGACAGUAUCUCCAAAUCUGACUCGGUGAAGAUGCCCCAAAGCAAGUCCAGAACAAAUGACUCAGAGAGGAAGAGAAAAAGAGUGAAAACUAAUGACUGCUAACAACCCCUCGUGCCGCCUCAGCUCUUGCAGCAAUGAGCACAUCUUCAGGGAACUCUGCUCUACCAACCACUCUCACCCUCUCACUCUCACCCAACCUUUUUUAUACUUUUUAACUCAUUGUUUGACUAUCAUCACAUGUAUUCUGACAGUUCAAAGCCUACCAAACACAAUCCUACAUUCGUUAGCGUCAAUUGUUUACAGUCACCACAAAAGCACAUUUCAGACAAAAACACCAGCGCUUUACCCAACCAAAGCCUGUGCUGCUUCUGGAUUAAUCUCCCUUUUUAUUGCUUUAAUUUUAAUUAUUUGCUAUUGUAUUAUGCUUUUCUCGAACUUAAGAAAAAGUAGGCUAUGCAUUGCCAAUUUGUAAUGUUGUUCAUAUGUGUAUUUUUAAAGAAAAAAUAAUCUCUUUCCAGAGGGCAAAUAUUAAAAGUUAUAUUUUUUGAAAGAAAUUACUUGAAGUUUUUCACAGUAAUGGGGUGUUAAAGCCUCCUUUCAUGUGCAAAAGUGAUGUGUAAUGUUUCAACAAUGAUGUACAUAUUGUUUUUUUUUUAAGUGUGUAAAAAGAUAUUUUUGCUUGUUUAAAAAGCAAUGUUACAGAUUUGAAUACAGUAGAUGAUGACUCAUUUCCUUUACAAGAAUUGUCUUAAGUUUCACUUUCCUAGAGUGUAAUCUACAAAUAAAACUGGUAUUAUCUAGUUUACAUAACAAA